AUGCGUGAAUGGACUAGAUAUACGUUCUUUGGUUUAAUGAGUCUGGUAGCACUUCUUGGAAUCUCAGGAAAUACUCUCAUAAUAUCAGUUUUAUUCAAGUUACGCAACAAGACAAGCACGGACUUCUACGUUCUUUCAAUGUCUGUCAUGGACCUAAUAUCGUCAAGUGUCAGUACUACAUGUUACAUCCUACGCUACGAGCCAAACACUUGGGAACUUUUGGCAUCCAGCUGGUUUUGUCGUCUGCAUAUUUUCACGAUAUACCUGACAAACAUCUCAACAACCUCACUCUUAGCAGCGACUGCGUAUGACCGUCACAACAGAACCGUAAAUACAUUGGCCCAACAGCCGCUCGAUGCAUCAACAAAAGCAAAACGAAUUUGUGUCGGGAUUUUGUCUUCAAGUUUUAUCUACAGCUUGUUCUUUCUCUUAACGACAACACUGGAUUCGACCACGCUUAAGUGCUCUGGUAUGAAGGGCUAUAGCACAAUGACAGCGAUAUUCAGUUCAGUCUUGGCGCUUGUUUUUGUACUCAUGUUUGUAAUUGUUAUCGUCUGCUACACAAGGGUCGCGGUUAUGCUACGUCGGCAUCACAGACGAAUUCAGCGAAUGAAACUGAAAACAAACCCUAUGACUAUAAAAACUACGAGAGAAGUUCCUACGUUAAGUGGUGACAAUAAUAUGCCACAAGCAUCGACGUUUGGAAGAAAGAUCCUCGCUACGUACACAGCGGUAACAAAGUUGCAGAAUGAACAGAUACAAUUUAAUGAACAGGACAACGCCAUCGUUCAAUCUGUCGCAGUUAAAGACAACGAUUCGAGAGGACAAACAGCAACAAAUCUACAUAUUACACCAUCUUGCAGUAAAUCUAUCGAAAAUAACGAAGUGUCGUUACCAGGUAAGAUCAUUCGAGACGAGAAGCCGUUACCAAAACACACUGCCAUCGACAGAGACCGGCGAUUGAUGAAUCGCACAACUAUGAUGAUGUUCCUUAUUACUUUAGUUUACAUUGGUACAUGGAUAAUCUUCUGGUCAGCAACUGCUUACAAAGCAGCUACUGCCUCGCCGUCGCUUGGACUGCUCUUCCUGAGUGAAAAAAUUUAUUUGAUCAACGGCAUGACCAACCCAAUAUUUUACAUACUUAUGAGCUCUAAAUUCAGACAAAUGGCAAAAGAUAUGAUUUGUAAACCAUAA